AUGGAACCCGACCUUCGCCAGAGCGUCGACCUCUCCCUACUUCCUCCGGCACGACAUUCAUCAGACGAGAGUCGGCUAUCUCACAAAACUCGCGCCCCGUCUGAAGACGACCGAGAUAGCGCAGGCGCACGCCCUAAAGAACCACAGCUCGACUCUCCCAAGAAAGGGCAAAAGCGCGGAUCUAUUCACAACUUACUAUACGAAAUACUUAGCCUACUGGUAUCAGCUGCAUCGCUCGCUAUUCUCAUCGCUGUGCUCUCGAAAUACGACAACAAGCCGACUCCAAAGUGGUCGCUGGGCCCUCUGGGCAUCACGCUCAACGCGAUUGUCUCUAUUCUGUCGACUGUCUUCCGCGGGAGUCUCUUGAUGCCGGUUGCGCAGAGUAUCAGCCAGUUUUGUUGGAUAUGGUACACGCAGCCGAGGCCUUUGAGAGACGUAUGCGACUAUGAUGCUGCUAGUAGAGGACCGCUUGGGAGUAUUCGACUUCUUUUUAGACUGCGCUUCAUUCGUUUCGCUAGCAUCGGUGCCGUCAUCACAGUAGCCGCUCUGGCACUCGAUCCGUUCUUCCAGCAGUCAGUGCGGUAUCAUUCCGAAUCCGCUGUGGACCAUGAUCGAAAUGCCACAGCAGUGGCAGCAUACACUUGGGGCACUGACAUCGUUCCUGAUGAGGACCUGCUCUUAGGUUAUAUUGCGCUUCCCUACGACAUGCAGGUAGCUAUGCACACUGGCGUCCUCUCAGGCAACCUCGUCUCCUUUCCCGAUCCGCCCUUCAUGUGUCCGUCUGGCAACUGCACGUGGAAUCCGUACAACACUCUAGCUAUUAGCUCAAAGUGCAUUGAUAUUACCUCUCACGCGAAGAUAGAUUGCGACAGUGGCUGCCAUUUCACAGCAUCCGAAGACAUUGUAAUGCAGAACCUACUCUCCCGGGUUGACGAGAGUGGGGGGGAUUAUCUCAACGAUGGAGCCGAUCAGUGGGACCCUUUCCGCAUGGAAUUUGUAUACAUCCCCGACGCGCUGCCGGUACUUAGGCCGUGGGCGGACAUCACCGGCCUUCUCGCCAUGGUCCAAUGGGUCAAAGCUACGGGGCCAGAAACCCUCACACUCUCUUCAACCACCACAUUCGAAGCUAUGCAAUGCGGCUUUUACAUUUCUGUGCAAGUACUCGUACCCACAGUCCACAACGGCGUGUACUCCGAGGCAGUGAUUCGAGAAUACGUCCAAUCCGACAACGCCAACUCCACUCCAACCUUCACCGCAAACGACACGUCCUUCUACUUCCUAAAUGCAUACGAAGGCCUGACUCCGGCCCCGCCAAACCUCACGUACCACCCCCCAAUCGCAACCCCCAACCAGUCCCCCACCAACUCCACCAACACCACCUUCACGUUCCCGUUCAACGCCUACUACGCCCUCACCUCCCAAUUCCUCCAAGCCGGCUUCCUCACCGGCGACAUCACCCGCAACGCCACAGCCGGCAUGAACGGCCCGGACAACGCCAUCAUGCUGUACCGCGCCGCCAACGUCACGCACGCCAUGCACGGCCUGGCGCAGUACAUGACGACAGUCAUCCGCGCCGUCGGCUCGACGAUCCUGAAAGGCGACCAGCAGAACAACUCGGUCAUCGCCGCCGACCACGCCGUCGCGGGCUCCGUGUUCGUGCAGAAGCAGUUCGUGGCGGUGCGGUGGGCGUGGCUGACGCUGCCGAUUGUGCUGCUGGUGCUGGCCGUGGUGCUGCUGGCUGUGGCGUGGUGGGAGACGAGGCGGUUGGGGGUCGGGCUGUGGCAGUCGAGUCCGCUGGCGCUGUUUUUCCAUGGGAGGAUGGAGGGUGGCGCGAGGGGGUUUGAGGGGGUGGGUGGGGUUGAUACGGCGGAGGGGAUGCGGGGGAAGGCGGAGGGGUUGUGGGCGAGGAUUCCUAGGGAGGCGAGGGGGACCGUGGAGGUAUAUGAGAAAGAUAGUUUGGGGAAAAGGGGGAGAAGUGUUGGCAGUAGUAUAGAGCUGGUGUCGCAUAAUAUGUAG